AUGGCUUUUGCUAAGAAUUCAAUGCUUUUUUUCAUGGUUAUGGCUUUGUUUGGGGUCUGUUUUGGGACUGUGUACAAGGUGGGUGACUCUAACGGCUGGACAGACAAAGGCAGUGUUAGUUACAAGGAUUGGGCAUCUACUAAGAACUUCGUUGUUGGAGACACUAUCGUUUUUGAGUACAAUGCCAAGGAGCAAAAUGUGGUGCAAGUGAAAACCCUCACAGAAUUCAACGGCUGCAACUCAAAAGCUCCAUUAUCAACCUACAACUCUGGCAACGACGCUGUAGAGUUGAAGAAGGCUGGCCAUUUCUUUUACAUCUGUGGUCUUCCUGGGCACUGCGAGGCUGGCCAGAAAGUUGACAUUAGGGUUCUUGAACCUAGCCAGGCACCUAGCCCAAGCCACUCAAGCCCUAGCCCUAGCCCUGCACCCAGCUCAAACCAUUCUCACCACAAUGAAUCGUCCGCCCCGGUUCCAUCUCCAAGUGCAAAGGCUCCUACCUCGCCUAACAAGAGCAGUGCUCUAUCUGUCAAGUCUUCUAGUGGCUUGUUUAUGCUUGUUGUGAUGGGGGUUCUUGCUUACCUUGCUUAA